UUUUUUUUCACACUCAUUUCUUCUGAUGGUGUAUCGAUUCAAUAGCUCCGUCUCAAAGUCUCAACUCAAAACCCACAAUCUCUAACCCUGAGAAGUUACAGUGUUCGAAUCGCUCUACUAGAAUUGUUUACGAGAAGUUGGCUACUUGAAAAUGAGUUCCUUCUCUAUUACGCGGAAGAAGACUCCUUUUCAGAAGCAUAGAGAGGAGGAAGAGGCUAAGAAAAAGAGAGCAGAGGAUGAAACAGCUCGGUUGUAUGCGGAGUUUGUAGAGUCAUUUCAAGGGGAUUCUGCUCCUGGGUCAAAGUCUUUUGUUCGAGGAGGAACAAUCAAUCCCAAUGAUAAAUUGAAGGAUUCUGAAGGUGAAAAGUCCAAAGAUGGGGUGUCUGUACCAAAGAAGGGAAGUAGGUAUGUUCCAUCUUUUAUUCCACCUCCUUUGGCGGCCAAGGGAAAAGAAUCAGAAAAGAAGAAGGAGGAGGAUAGGCCGAAGGAGAAGGAGAAAGAGAAAGGGAAGUCUCGGAACAUAGAUCAUUUCAUGGAGGAGUUGAAGCAUGAACAAGAGAUGAGGGAGAGGCGAAAUCAGGAACGUGAACAUUGGCGUGACGGGCGUCAUAGUGAAAGUUCUGCUCCAUCUAGCCGAUUCGAUGAGCUGCCCGAUGACUUUGAUCCAAGUGGAAAGCUUCCUGGAUCAUUCGAUGAUGGUGAUCCACAGACUACAAAUCUGUAUGUUGGAAAUCUCUCCCCACAGGUUGAUGAGAAUUUUCUUCUGCGGACUUUUGGAAGAUUUGGGCCUAUUGCUAGUGUGAAAAUAAUGUGGCCAAGAACAGAAGAGGAGCGAAGACGGCAACGAAAUUGUGGCUUUGUAGCCUUUAUGAAUAGAGCCGAUGGGCAGGCUGCAAAAGAUGAAAUGCAAGGAGUUGUUGUUUAUGAGUACGAGUUGAAGAUUGGAUGGGGAAAAUCUGUCGCCCUUCCUUCACAAGCACUACCUGCUCCUCCGCCUGGACAGAUGGCCAUCAGGAGUAAGGAGGGUGCUACCGUGAUCUUAUCUGGUCCAUCAGGUCCACCAGUGACUUCUGUUCCAAAUCAGAACUCUGAACUGGUUCUUACACCAAAUGUUCCUGAUAUAAUGGUUGUUCCACCAGAGGAUCAUCAUCUACAGCAUGUGAUUGAUACAAUGGCUCUUUAUGUUUUGGAUGGAGGAUGUGCUUUUGAACAAGCUAUUAUGGAAAGGGGUCGUGGGAAUCCUCUUUUUAACUUCUUGUUUGAGCUUGGGUCAAAGGAGCAUACUUACUAUGUUUGGAGGUUAUACUCUUUUGCACAGGGUGAUACUCUUCAAAGGUGGCGAACAGAACCUUUUAUCAUGAUAACUGGCAGUGGAAGAUGGAUGCCACCCCCCCUGCCGAUUGCAAAAAGCCCAGAGCAUGAAAAGGAGUCUGGCACCACAUUUGCUGCAGGAAGAAGCAGGCGUGUGGAACCAGAAAGAACAUUAACUGAUUCACAGAGGGAUGAAUUCGAGGACAUGCUACGUGCAUUAACACUGGAGAGAAGUCUGAUAAAAGAAGCUAUGGGUUUUUCCCUAGAUAAUGCUGAUGCCGCUGGAGAGAUAGUCGAAGUCCUGACAGAAUCAUUGACUCUUAAGGAGACCCCUAUUCCAACCAAAGUAGCUAGGCUCAUGCUCGUCUCUGAUGUUCUCCACAAUAGCAGUGCUCCUGUAAAAAAUGCAUCUGCUUACCGUACCAAAUUUGAAGCAACAUUACCUGACAUAAUGGAGAGCUUUAAUGACUUGUAUCGUAGUAUAACUGGAAGGAUUACUGCUGAGGCCCUAAAGGAACGAGUUUUGAAAGUAUUGCAAGUAUGGUCAGAUUGGUUUCUGUUUUCAGAUGCAUAUGUGAAUGGAUUACGAGCUACGUUUCUUCGGUCCGGGAAUUCAGGUGUGACUCCUUUUCAUUCUAUCAGUGGUGAUGCUUCAGAAAUAGAAAAGAAAACUAGUUCUGAAAAUACAAGUGAUGGGGGUAAAGCCAACCAAGAUGCUGCAUUGGCAAUGGGCAAAAGUGCAGCUAUGAAGGAGUUAAUGGACCUUCCCAUUGCUGAGCUUGAAAGACGUUGCAGACAUAAUGGAUUGUCUCUUGUUGGUGGUAGAGAAAUAAUGGUUGCACGAUUGCUGAGCCUGGAAGAUGCUGAAAAGCAGAGGGGCUACGAACUGGAUGAUGACUUGAAACUUGGUCAGGGCCAUUCAACUUCUGGCAGAUAUCCAAGUGGUCGGAAAGAAAUGAAUGUUGAACCUGAGCCAGUGGGAUUUUCAGGAUGGAACCGUUAUGGGGAGGAUGAGAAGCUGUCACAGGGCGCAGGUUCUGUACCUUUGGCUGCAACCAUACCUAUUCCACAGCCUGAGCUAAAGCCUUUCACAAAAAAAGAGAAAAAUGAUCCUGUUCUUCCAGCCUCAAAAUGGGCUGUUGAGGAUGAUGAAAGUGAUGACGAACAAAAGAGAAGUUUGGGGUUGAGCUACUCUUCUUCUGGAAGUGAGAAUGCUGGUGAUGGUCUUAGCAAGGCUGAUGACAUGGAGCUUGCGACUGAUACCAGCAUUCUUGUACAAUCUGACAGUGGAAUGAAUGAAGAGCAAAGACAAAAGUUGAGACGUUUGGAAGUUGCUAUUAUAGAGUAUCGUGAAUCCCUUGAGGAGCGGGGUAUCAAAAGUACUGAGGAAAUCGAGAAGAAAGUUGCAAUCCAUCGCAAGCGGCUAGAGUCUGAGUAUGGCCUAUCAGAUUCUAAUGAAGGCGGGAACAAGAGGAGGGAUAGAAGGGACGAUGCUCGUGACUCUUUAAGAAAACGACGCCGCAGCCAGAGCCGAAGUGAGAGCCCACCACGGAAAUCAAACAGGGAGAGGGAGAAGGAAAGUGAUUUAGAUAGAGAUCGGGAAAGGCAUAGGGACAAAGAUAGAGCUCAUGAUUUUGAAUGUGAAAGGGGGAGAGAACGUCGUGAAAAGAGUGGAAGCAAAGAGAGGGAUGAUCACGACAGAGACCGAAGCAGGGACAGGGAUAGGGAGAGAAGGAGACGGAUAAAAUGAGUCUUAUGGCUUAUGGAACAGGCUAAGUUUGUUGCUACUUAAGAAGAAAGAGUUGAGAGUGUCUUCACAUCUUUUGGGUCAUCAAAGUUUCUGGGUCUAUGACAUGGAAAAUCUAUUUUCAAAUGAUGUGAAUAAUUAACUUUAACAUUUAUUCCCAGUGACAAUUUGUGAGAGGAAAUCUGUCUCUUGCAAAACAUUUUGUAGUCAAAUGUUCUUGUAAGAUUUAUGCAUCAUGGUUAUAAUUUAGUAAUUAAAUUUUUUUUUUUUUUUUUUGG